AUGAGAUGUCAGUUAUGCAGAGGCUCGCUAUUACCAACCUUUGAUACUGGAAUAUCGUCCCUCUGCCUCGCCGGGAUCAGCCGGUCUGACGCUGGCCCACUUCUAUUUACGGCAAACUCGUUAAAUGUUGAUAAACCCCGGAAUUACUCUGACGAACAAGGGAGUGAGACAUGGCGCAUAGACGGUGGCGAGCACCGCGGCCGUGAUUUGGAGGCUAGCCGCGAUUCUUCCACUAAGGAGGAGCAGUUGUUGGGGUCUACCCAAAUGCCCGGGGCCAUCCAUGGGCCUGUAUAUUGCACCUCAUCUCCGGUCGAUGAUGGCCACUUGGACACGUUCUACAGGCCAUUUAUUAUUGCCUUUCUCGACCCUAAAAACCCUUGCUGUAGAGAUAGCGACAGAUGGCCUGUAGAAGGCAGGAGGCCAGGCGCCCUUCAGAUUGGCCUUAAUCGCGAAAGUAGCGGGUCAAAACCGUUCUCUCCUUGUACCGACGGACUAGCUGGGGGCCUGGCCACAUGUUCUGACGUGCGCACCGGCUUUGCUUACAAUGCCCAACCCUUGAGGCUGUUCCUCCAAGGCGUUGUUAAGACGCCUACCCUGGCGACUUCUCAUGCUCGGGAGUACAAGAAGAAAAUAGGCGAAAACAGUCCGCUGCCAGCCAGCGAAUACAACCUCGCCCAGCCAAUGAGGACGAGUGCUACGCACCGAAGUUUGACGGCCUUAACUCCGGACAUAGUGCUUCCUGCAAUGAUCAAAAGUAGAUCUAAUAACGACUUGUCGUUAAGUGUUCCCUUGGAGUCUAUGGACAAAAUGAUAUCGCUGGACGACUACAGGUCAAAAGUGGGCGGUGGAAGUAAAAUAAGUCUUUUGCAUAUGCCACGGUACAAGUCUUAUGAGCUUCAAGGCGCACCCUUAUUUUCGACAACCAGCGUUCAUUCCGCCAGAUUUGCCGUCAGAGGCUCGUACAACCCACGAAUUUGCAUAAGAGCAGCACGUAUCGUCUAUGAUUUGACAAACUUAAUCUCAAAUCAUGUCGGGAAAAGUGUUUCACACUUGGUGAGGAUCGGUUUUGAUAGCUCGGUCUAA